GUUACAGGAAUAAGGAGGUGGGGGUUGUGGUGGUGAUGGUGGUGGUGGGGGCUCUUUUUGAACGGUUUAGCUCGAGAUCAGAUGCUCCCUGUGCGGGCUGUGGAGGGAGCAGGCAGCGCUUCUGCAGGGGGAUUCAGCGAUGAAUGGAGCUGAGCGCACAACUUCUCUCCAGUCCUGCUGCCGCCGCCGCCGCCGCCGCUGCUGGAGUUUCCUCUAGGAUUUUUCUCCUUGUGACAACACGAGCUGGACUUUACUUCUUCAGCCAACAUGUAUCCGGCAGCAUUGCUACUGAUGCUGAGCGUCGGGAUCUACGCAGACAGUAUGGAGGGACCAACAGAGUUUCCAGAGAGAGAGGUCCCAGGGGUCCUUGUGUUGUCUGGAUUAGAUAACAGAUACACUGGCUGUACCUUUGAUGAGGACUCAGACCCCGGCUUGUGCGAGUACCGCCAGGGCCAAGACGAUGACUUUGACUGGCAGCUAAUCAGGACCUACAAUUGGCCACACCCGACCCCGGAUCUUCUCCGAGGGUCCUUCAUGAUGGUCAAUUCCUCGCAGCAUUUCGGGGGCCAGCGGGCUCAGCUACUCCUGCUCCCGCUCAGCGAGAACGACACCCACUGCAUCCAGUUCAGCUACUUCCUGUACAGCCGCGACGGCCACAGCCCCGGGGACCUGCAGGUCUAUAUCCGGGUCAACGGGGGCCCCAAGGGCAGCGCCGUGUGGAAUAUCUCGGGCUCGCAGGGACACCAGUGGUACCAGGUGGAGCUCGCCGUCAGUACUUUCUGGCCCAGUGAAUACCAGGUCAUCUUUGAAGCGACUGUUUCUGAGGAGCGACAGGGCUACAUUGCCUUGGACGACAUCGUGCUGCUCAAUUACCCCUGUUACAAGGUGCCUCAUUUCUCUCGGCUGGGUGACGUGGAGGUGAAUGCCGGGCAGAAUGCCUCGUUCCAGUGUGUCGCCACAGGCAAAGUUUCUGAGAGUGAGCCCUUCCUCCUGGAGCGGAGAAACGGCGUGGUGCUGGACACGCCCUUGCUGUCACGGCUGAGCCACAAGCGUCUUAUGGCGACUUUCCAGGUGGAGGCGCAGCGUGGGGAGCAGGACCUCUACCGCUGCAUCACCCUGUCCCCCAGAGGGGCCGCCGUCUCCAACUUUGGAGAACUCAUUGUCAGAGUGCCCCCGACUCCGAUUGCACCCCCUCAGCUCCUGCGGGCGGGCCCCACCUAUCUGAUCAUCCAGCUCAACACGAACUCCAUCGUGGGGGACGGGCCGGUCAUUCGGCGGGAAAUCCAGUACCGAGCCAGCCAGUCCACGUGGACGGAGACUCACGGCGUGGGCUCGCUCACCUAUAAGGUUUGGCAUUUGGAGCCGGACACAGAGUACCGCAUCAGCGUCCUGCUCACCCGUCCCGGGGAGGGGGGCACCGGAGCACCUGGGCCGCCUCUGAUCAGCAGGACAAAGUGUGCAGAGCCCAUGCGCGCCUUGCGGGGCCUGACGGCGACAGAGAUCCAGCCGCGGCUGCUGGCCCUUCAGUGGGAGCCGCUGGGCUACAACCUCACCCGCUGUCACACCUACUCCUUGUCCCUGUGCUACCGCUACUCCAUGCCGACAGGGGGCAGCGGAGGGAACAACGCCACCGUCAGAGAGUGCCUGUCCGUGGAACGCAACACGUCUCACUUCACGCUGAGAGACCUGCCGCCCUUCCGCUCCGUCCACGUCCGGCUGGCGCUCGCCAACCCUGAAGGAAAGAAGGAGAGCAGAGAGGUCACCUUCCAGACCGAAGAGGACAUUCCUGGCGGCAUCGCUCCAGAGUCCCUGACCUUCACCCCGCUCGAUGACAUGAUCUUCCUGAAGUGGGAGGAGCCCAUCGAGCCCAAUGGUCUCAUCACACAGUACGAGAUCAGCUACCAGAGCAUCGAGUCGUCGGACCCCGGCAUCAACGUGCCGGGUCCUCGCCGCACAGUGUCCAAACUGAGGAACGAGACCUACCACAUGUUCUCCGGCCUGCAUCCCGGAACCACCUACCUGGUGUCGGUCCGCGCCCGAACCGCCAAGGGGUUUGGCCAGACGGCGCUCACCGAGAUCACCACCAACAUCUCCGCCCCGGUGUUUGACUAUGAAGACAUCCCCUCUCCGCUGAGUGAGUCGGAGAGCACCAUCACCGUGCUGCUGCGCCCUGCGCUGGGGAGAGGAGCUCCUGUCAGCGCCUACCAGGUGGUGGUGGUGGAGGAGGACGGGUCCCGUCAGGUGAGGAGGAGGGAGCUCGGCACCGUCGACUGUUUCCCGACACCGAACUCCCACAACGAGGCCCAGGCCAAAGGGGCGCCGCAUUACUACACGGCAGAGCUGGCUCCCAGCAGUCUGCCCGAGGCCACGCCCUUCACCGUGGGCGACAACCACACCUACAACGGCUACUGGAACAGCCCUUUGGACCCCACCAAGAACUACCUCAUCUAUUUCCAGGCCACCAGCAACUUCAGAGGGGAGACCAGAAUAAACUGCAUUCGGAUCGCUCGCAAAGCUGCCUGUAAGGACUCCAAGCGGGCCCUGGAGGUAUCCCAGCACGCAGAGGACAUGGGUCUGAUCCUUGGGGCCUGCGCCGGCGGUCUGGUGGUCCUCAUUCUGCUUCUGGGGGCCAUCGUCAUCAUCGUGAAGAAGGGAAGGGACUUCUAUUCUUACCCUUACUACCCUAGGAAGAAGGUGGCCAUAAACAAGGCAGCCAUGUCCUACAGGCAGGAGAAGAGUCGGAAGCUGAGCUCCUUAGACUGCAGCAUGACGGAGCAGAGCACUCUCCAGCAGGAUGAGAGGAUGGCCCACUCCUUCAUGGAUGCCCACGGCUGCAACGCCCGAAAUGAGCAGCGCAGCUCCGUCAACGAGUCCAGCAGCUUGCUGGGAGGCUCGCCGCACCGGCACUGUCGGAGGAAGAGCUCGCCAUAUCACACGGGUCAGCUCCACCCGGCUGUGAGAGUCGCAGACCUCCUCCAGCACAUCAACCAGAUGAAGACGGCAGAGGGAUACGGUUUCAAACAAGAAUACGAGAGUUUCUUUGAUGGCUGGGACGUCACAAAAAAGAAAGACAAGACCAAAGGACGGCACGAUAGCUUGCUUAGCCACGAUCGCCAUCGGGUCAAACUCCACUCUCUGCUCGCAGACCCCAGUUCUGACUAUGUCAAUGCCAACUACAUAGACAUUCGGAUAAACAGGGAAGGUUACCAGCGAUCAAACCACUUCAUCGCCACUCAAGGCCCCAAGCAGGAGAUGAUCUAUGACUUCUGGCGGAUGGUUUGGCAGGAGAACUGCUUCAGUAUUGUCAUGAUCACCAAGCUGGUGGAAGUGGGCAGGAUGAAGUGCUGUAAGUAUUGGCCUGAUGACACUGAGCUCUAUGGUGACAUUAAGAUAACACUACUGAAGACAGAAACACUGGCAGAGUACACCGUGCGCACCUUCGCCAUGGAGAGGAGAGGUUACCCUGCUAAACACGAGGUGUGCCAGUUCCACUUCACCUCCUGGCCGGAGCACGGCGUGCCGUACCACGCCACUGGCCUGCUGGCUUUCCUGCGCCGGGUCAAAGCCUCAACACCUCCCGAUGCUGGGCCUGUGGUGGUCCAUUGCAGUAUGGGGGCAGGCAGGACCGGCUGCUACAUUGUGCUGGAUGUCAUGCUGGAUAUGGCUGAGUGUGAAGGAGUGGUGGACAUCUACAACUGCGUCAAGACCCUCUGCUCGCGCCGCAUCAACAUGAUCCAGACUGAAGAGCAGUAUGUGUUCAUCCAUGAUGCUAUCCUGGAGGCUUGUCUGUGCGGAGAGACCGCCAUCCCUGUUAAUGAGUUUGCUCUCAUCUAUAAGGAGAUGCUGAAGGUCGACUCUCAGAGCAACACCUCGCAGCUCAGAGAGGAGUUUCAGACUCUGAACUCGGUGACUCCUCACCUGGAUGUGGAGGAGUGCAGUAUUUCUCUGAUGCCCAGGAACCGCGAGAAGAACCGCAGCAUGGACGUUCUGCCGCCGGACCGCUCGCUGGCCUUCCUCAUCACCACCGAGGGAGAAAGCAACAACUACAUCAACGCCGCGCUCGCAGACAGCUUCCUGAGGCCCGCCGCCUUCGUGGUGACGCCGCACCCGCUGCCCGGCACCACAACCGACUUCUGGAGGCUGGUUUACGACUAUGGUUGCACCUCAGUGGUGAUGCUCAACCAGCUCAACCAGUCCAACUCUGCCUGGGUAAGAGGAGAGCCAUGCUUGCAGUAUUGGCCUGAGCCCGGGCUGCAGCAGUUUGGGCCCAUGACCGUGGAGCUUCUGUCCAGGACGGCGGACGAUGACGUUAUCAUCCGUCUCUUCCGGGUUCAGAACAUCACCCGGCUUCAGGAAGGCCAGCUUGUGGUGCGUCACUUCCAGUUCCUGCGCUGGUCCCCGUACCGCGAUGUGCCCGACUCCAAGAAAGCCUUCCUCAGCCUUUUGGCUCAGGUUCACAACUGGCAGAUGGAGUGUGGAGAAGGACGCACCAUCGUCCACUGUCUGAACGGCGGCGGUCGAAGCGGUACUUUCUGUGCCUGCACCAUGAUCCUGGAAAUGAUUCGUCACCACAGCAUGGUGGACGUGUUCUUUGCUGCCAAAACACUGCGCAACUCUAAGCCAAACAUGGUGGAGACAAUGGAGCAGUAUCGGUUCUGCUAUGACCUGGCCCAGGAGUACCUGGACUGCUUGGAAGUCAGAUAGCACCUAUCCCUCUCUUCUUGUUCCUCCUCAAGGAGAAGGUCUGGAACCCGGAUCGCGCAUCCUGGAUUUCUGCUCCCGGCUCCUUAGACCAUGUAUACAGCUCUGGUUGUCUUCUUCGCCAUGCCUGGAUGAAACAUUGUUUGCCAUAAAAAGACUGAUUGAGAACACCCACUGGACAACUUGUAACAUACUACUGACACCCUUUUUGCUUUUCCUCGGCGCUCUGAUCCAACGUGUACUCUCUAGUGCCACUUUACACCUGCCAAAACCAGAGGACACUAACCGGAGUGGAGUUCAUUUUAUAUAUGACCACUGUCAAAGGCAGCCGGACUACCUGUUGUACCCCCCGAUGACGGGAUUCAAAGAUCUCCGCUGUAUCCUGCCUUACUGUGAACAAACACUGAAAGGGAACUACAGUCGAUGCCAACCACUGGGUGAUAUUUUGUGUUUGUUUGUAACACUGUAAAAUGGUGCAAUCUGCUGUUGGUGAACAUCCCAUGUCGUACUGUACUAUAUCUGAACUUAAUCGUGGGUGAGACUGACGAUCGAAGGUUAAUUGAGGGAGGAAAGGAAAUAAGUCGUCACAAACGAUGGACAUAUCUGUACAGUAGAGUUGUCUUGGACCUAUUUUCUCUUUAUUUAUUCUUCGUGUAUAUAGAUGUUUUUUUCCUUCCCCCCCACCCCCCACCCCCAGAUGUUUCUAGAUGUUCUCAACGUCUUAUCAAUGUGCCAAUCCAUUCUCUCUGUGUCUGUAAAUGGGGACCACUUCAAGCAUCUGCAUGCCCAGUCUUAAGUGUUUCAUUGCAGUGUGUGGCCCAAGUCUGCUUUAGGGUGGAUUCCUGCGACGUGAAUCCUUCCGCUAGUUCCGAGAGAGCUUUGUAAGAAUAACCACGUGUUGCUGUGAGAAUACAGAGAAAAUCUGUCGCUUUCUAAAUUUGUAUUUAUUCAAUGUGUUUUAUUUUCUAAAUAGUGUAUAAAAAAGGAAAAGAAAUAAAAUAUGAUGUUGUUGCUUAACAA